AUGUCCCCAGCUGGUAUCGCGAUCGACGACACCAUAAUCGAACGCUACAAGCUUCAGACAGAGUUCUCACCAGGUAGGAGCUCCGUAGUCCACACUACGGUUAUAUACAAGAGCUCCCCGGUGUCCGGUGCGCUCCGAGCUGUAGAAGUAAAGAAGCCGUGGCGCGAGACAAGAGAGCUGGGCUCUGGGGGCUACGGUGUUGUAUCCCUACAACUGAGUGCCGAUGGCCAGUGUAGGGCCGUAAAAAGAAUUCAUAGAGUGAGCGGGGUGAGCUCUAAGGCGGAGCUCAUGGCCCUGAGCAUGGCACUCGAUCAUACAGACUUAUUUGUUCAAUUUCUUGGAUGGUUUGAGGAUAGGCACAACUUAUACAUUGCGACGGAGUUCAUCAUGUACGGCGAUUUGAGCCAGUACAUCAAAGAUCCGGCAAUGAAACAUAAUGCCCGAUAUAUCACGAUGCAGCUGCUGGAAGGUGUUCGUAAUCUGCAUAUGAACAAUAUAUGCCAUAGGGACCUCAAACCCCAGAAUAUCUUGAUGGCUUCAGUGAUUCCAGUGCGGGUAAAGAUAGCAGACUUCGGGUGUUCAAAGUUCCACAAGGAAACAGAGCUGCGGACGAAGGUUGGAACACAAUGUUAUAUGGCGCCAGAACUUCAGGGCUUAGGGAAAGCGCGGAAGAAAUACACAAACGCCAUCGAUAUGUGGGCUUUAGGAUGCAUCAUUUAUGAGAUGUUGACAUCCACGCCUAUCUUCUCCCAAAUUUCGACAUCUAUGGAGGAUACAACUCCGAUCACAACGAUCUCGGGUAUCAUCGUCGAUGAGAAACUGAUGGAGACGAAUGAGCCUAUCUUUGACUUUAAGCUCUUAUGGAUGUUUUUUCUAGGAGAUGUUGCAUUUCAUAUCAAACAACUUCAACAGGCACAAGCGAGCAGCAAGGCAAUGGAUCUUAUUAUGUCACUUUUGCGUGUAAUCCCCGAAGAACGUCUUACAGCAGCAAGUGCUCUACAAGAUCCUUGGAUAAUUGAAGAAAAUGGGACAAUUCCCGAUUUGACCAUACUCGCCUCUCAUACCGAAGAAGCCCUAUCACAGGUACUUCUACCGGCUUGUGAGAUUUCACAAACCAAAACGGAGAACGAGCAUGUUCCACAUCGCCAUAUGGAGAAUUCCGGUGUAAAUGACUUGAUCGGGGCCGCACUUGAUGGUGAUGUCAGGACACUUUCUAGGCUUUUGGCUCUCGGUUCAGAUAUAGAACAAAGAAAUGAUUCCGGCGAGACUGCAUUAUUAGCUGCGGUGCGUGCUGGGAAGCUGUCGAGCGUUGAGAUUCUCAUGUACCACGGUGCCAACCCGAAGGUGAAUCUAGAGGAUGGGAAAACUGUUCUGCAACUUGCCAUAGAGGAGGGAAACAUUCAUAUGGUUACGCUCCUACUGGACCAUGGUGUUUGUAUGGAGGAGGGUAAUAAGGACAGAUCCACCGCUCUGAUAAUUGCCGCAAGAAAGAGGGAUAUAGGAAUGGUAACGCUACUAUUAGGCCGAGGAGCAAAUCUUGAGGCCAGACAGAAGGAUGGGGAAACUGCUCUGUUGGUUGCAGCACGAGAGGGGGAUAAAAGAAUGACUGAAUUACUUUUGGACCGAGGGGCGUUUCUAGAAGUGAGAUCGAAUGAUGGGAGUACCGCCCUUAUUCUAGCAGCGUCAAGCGGAGGUGUUGAGACGGUCAAAGUGCUGUUAGAUCGUGGAGCACAUAUAAACGCUCAGCAAGAACAGGGCGUGUCUCCCUUGCAUUGUGCUAUACAGUGUAAUGAUAUUGCUACUGUCGAUCUCUUAGUGAGCCGCGGUGCGGAUUUAGAGGCACAGACAGCAGAGAACGAAACCCCGCUACAUAGAGCCUCAGAGGCGGGACAAGUUGAUAUCAUGGAAUCUCUACUUAGGGCUGGUGCAAACCCAGAAGUAGUCCUAAGAAAACGGCUGACCUGUCUAGGGAUUGCCGUCGAUAGCAAUCAGGCAGCUGCAGUUAUGCUCCUGCUGAAGCAGGGGGCGAAAAUGGAGGACGAGCGACGUGGGGUCAUAAAGCCACUUUUGAAGGCUGCUAGUCGUGGAUACCUAGAGAUCCUUAUGACGCUUCUAGCAUAUGGUGCAGACCUCGAACAGGUCAACAUCGGAGGUGCAAAUACUCUCCAUAUCGCUGCUGCUCAUGGCUGGAGUGAAAUUGUUGAUGUUCUUCUGUCGCUUGGAGUGAAUAUCGAAUCGAGAACCACGCAAGGUGCAAGUGCACUCCAUCUUGCCGCCAUGAGUGGCCAAACUGAAAUCGUCUCUAGACUUGUGGGGUGUGGGGCAGCUUUGGAACCUAUGCUAGGCAGGCAGGGCACUGCCCUGGCUCUUUCAUCAUUAAAUGGACAUGUUGAGACGGCGGAACUCCUAUUGAGUUUAGGAGCAGACCCCCACUCCCUGAGCAGGGAUGGUAAAGCUAUUCUCCACCUCGCCGCACGAAAAGGGUAUACAGCCAUUGUCGAACUACUGCUUGACGGAGGAGCAAUGAUCGAUGCAAGAACGAAGGACGGCGAAACCCCCCUGGCGCUUGCAAGCUAUCAUGGCUAUCCUGAAACAGUUUCGCUGUUGAUACGACGAGGCGCUUCAGUCGAUAUAAGGAUAUACGAACAGAGCACUCCUCUUAUACUUGCGGCGAGAUUUGGCCACCCCGAGGUAGUUUCAAUCCUUCUGGCGCACGGAGCUGAGAUCAAUGCUCGUGAGAGGUGUGGUGGUAGCGCUGUUCUCAUCGCUGCGCUUGAAGGACACCUCGAUGUCGUUCGUAUUCUACUCGAUCAUGGCGGAGCUGAGCUAGAGUUCGAGUUCGAGUACGAGUAUGGCCUGCUCAGGCUUAAUAAGACAGCUUUCCUGGGAGCAGCAGCCAAGGGGCAUGUAGAGAUUAUGGCACUACUAUCUGAUCGAGGCGCGAAUACCAUGUUCCAGGACAAACAAGGCUCAAAUGCCCUGGUACUUGCAGAACGGAACGGAAACACUGGCGCGGUGGAGUGGCUCUUGCGCAGCGGUGCCGCGGUCUCGCGAUCGAACAAUAAAGGAAAUACUGCACUGAACAGCACCGCUUGUAAUGGCCACACAGAUACCGUACAACUCUCCUAG